AUGAAUCGAUCGAUGGAGCUGGUUGAAACACAGAAUGACGAGGAAAUCGCUCGAGUUUUACAAGAUGAAUACAAUUUUCAAAUCCAUUGUGUCAAACGAUCGAGAUCACCAUCGCCUACAUCAAAAAAAUUCAAACAAAAUGACGCGCAAGACAUUCCAGCGACUGAAAUAAACGCACAGGAUCGAUCGUCUUCAGAGGUAAACCAGAUUUGUGCGCAAACGGAUGAUGAUGCUGAAAUGGCUUUGGUAUUACAAAUUGAAGAAAUUGUUUUAGCAGAAAAUCAAAUCAAUGAAAAGACUAUUCAAGCAACAGAUGACCAACUGCAGCAAACUCAUACAGCCAUGACAAAAGCAUUGCAACCAGUUGAAGAAACGAAUACUUUGAAAAGAGCCAUUGGAAUGUUCACAACCAUAAAAACUCGAUAUGACAAUUGUCAAACGAAAAAUCAAGCUUUGAUUGAUCAAAUUCAAAAAUUGUCCGUUCAAUUGUAUCCACUGUUGAUCUCAUUCAAAACGGGAGGUAACAGUCAUAUAUCUAAAGCAGCUGUACCUGUUAUGGCUGUCGGUCUUAUCACCAAUGUGCUUCGAGGUAACAUGAGCAUUGAUGAUGCUAAACAAAUCAUAUAUAAUAUGGUACAAUUGUGGACUGAUUCGAGUGUUUGGUAUGAAUUUAUUGAACAACUUGUAUAUAUCUUAGUAGCAAUUACUAUACCAGCAUUUGGUCAAAAAGCUAUGGGAAACUUAAUGACAAAUGUGUCAUCAUGA